GGAAGUGACGUCGUGCGGGCGGGCCUGGCCGCGCACAAUGGGCCAUGGAGUUCCCUUUCGAUGUGGAUGCGCUGCUCCCGGAGCGGAUCACGGUGCUGGACCAGCACCUGCGGCCCCCGGCCCGCCGACCCGGAACCACAACGCCGGCCCGUGUUGAUCUGCAGCAGCAAAUUAUGACCAUUGUCGAUGAACUGGGCAAGGCUUCUGCUAAGGCCCAGCACCUUCCUGCUCCAAUCACCAGUGCGUCAAGGAUGCAGAGUAACCGCCAUGUUAUCUAUGUGCUCAAAGACACUUCUGCCCGGCCGGCUGGGAAAGGAGCUAUUGUUGGUUUCCUGAAAGUUGGAUACAAGAAGCUCUUUGUACUGGAUGACCGAGAGGCUCACAAUGAGGUGGAGCCACUUUGCAUCCUAGACUUUUACAUACAUGAGUCACUGCAGCGUCACGGCCACGGGCGAGAACUCUUCCAGUAUAUGCUGCAGAAGGAACGGGUUGAGCCCCAUCAGCUAGCCAUCGACAGACCCUCUCAGAAGCUGCUGAAGUUCCUGAACAAGCACUACAGUCUGGAGACCACAGUCCCGCAGGUGAACAACUUCGUGAUCUUCGAAGGCUUCUUCGCGCACCAGCACCGGCCCCCCGCCCCCUCUCUGAGGGCCUCACGACUGUCCCGCGCCGCUGCUGCCGAGCCCGCACCCACCGCGCCAGCAAGGAAGCUGCCCCCCAAGAAGGCCGAGGGCGACAUCAAGCCCUACUCUUCUAGCGACCGCGAGUUUCUCAAGGUCGCGGUGGAGCCGCCGUGGCCCCUAAACAGAGCCCCGCGCCGCGCAACCCCUGCGGCGCACCCGCCCCCGCGCUCCAGCAGCCUGGGCAGCUCACCGGAGCGGGGCCCCCUGCGCCCCUUCGCGCCCGAGCAGGAGCUGCUGCGGUCCCUGCGGCUGUGCCCACCGCACCCAACCGCCCGCCUCCUGCUGGCCACCGACCCCGGGGGCAGCCCCGCGCAGCGCCGGCGCACCAGCUCCCUUCCCCGCUCUGAUGAGAGUCGAUACUGACGCCGCCCCUCCCUGAGCGGCUCAGGCCCUCCUCCCUGCAUCUUCCAGACCGUGGACCCUGUCGGAGCCCAUGGGAAUUCCUCUGCCCCUCUCAGACAGCUGGGUUGUCAGGGUGCCACGUGGGCUAAUACCGCAGCUCUUCCGACCACAGAAGCGCCCCUUACUGGCCCAACCUGUGCCCUGCACUCCCUCCACAGCCUGGGCUGCUCA